AUGCCUCAUGGAAAAACACUAACAGAGUUGGAAAUAUGUAAAAUUUAUCAACUAAAAGGAGCAGGACAAUCUCUAAGACGAAUUUCGGCAGCUGUAAAUCAAUCUACAUGUGCUGUAAGAAAUGUAUUAACUCUGGAUGAAAAUUAUGACAGAAAUAAGCGAUGUGGAAGGCCUAAACUCCAUACACCUAGAAAUGAGAGAAAGUCAGUGGCGGAUAAAGAAAAGAAAGCCUUAAGAGUAGCACAGAGAGUACAACGCCAGCAAGAAUUGAAAAGAUUGCGUACAGCUCAAGAAAUUCAUAGACACCUCCAAGAACUUGAAGUUCAGCAGAGAGAACUAGAAAGACGAGGAGUGGAGGUUGAAAAAGCACUUAGAGGAGAAAGUGAAGGAAGUUUGAGAAGGAUCAGAGGAGAAACAGAAUUGAUGCAGGAAUGGUUUAAUUUAGUUCAUGCCAAAAACAAAUUAGUUCAGAAAGAACAGGAACUUUUAAUUAGAGCCAAAGAUGUUGAGUUAGAGGAAAGACAUAGUCGGCUCCAACAAGAAAUGAGACAAAGAAUGACUGAAAGUGGUGUUCAGAAAAGUAAAACUGAAAUUGAAGAAGAAGGAAAAAUUUUAGCUGAAAUGUUAGAAAUUGUAGAAAAGAGGGAUGAACUUGUAUCAAUGAUUGAUCAACUUCGAAUUAGAGAAGAAGAAGAAGACAGAGAUUUAGAAUCAAAAAUGUUAGCAAAUGGAUUGCAGUUUUCUCCUACAGAUAAAAGUUGAAGUCAGAUUUAAAUAGAAGUGAAAUCUAUUUUAUCACACAGAGAAGACAAAGCACACUAGACUCGGAAGAGCAAAAGUGAUUGCUGCCAAUAAUCAAGAAUGCAUCAGGUCAAGAACAAGACAUCUCAAUAACAGCAUAGCAUACGUUAGAAAUUGCAGUACUACAAUUGUACCAAUUUGUUUGAAAUUAUAUAUUUAAUUUUUAGUGAUAAGAAGAAUAAUUCCUUGAUACCAAGACAUUUUAUUUGUAAAUUAUGAUGCAUUUAUAUAAAAAAUGCUUAUUUCCUUUGUAAGCAGAAUUUAUUGUAUAUUAUAAUGGAAUCACCAGUACUUUAUAGUUCAAAACAAUUUUUAUAAAUUGAACUAAUGAAAUCUUCAUAUUGCAGUAAAAUGCAAUGUUUUGAAUGAUAAUCUGUAAAUGUGUUUAAUCAAGAAUAUUUCUUGAUCAGAAGUUAUAGCUUAUAAUUGCAUCCUCCUAACAAAUGAGCUAGUUAGUAUGUAGGUAUUUUAGGUUUCAAUAUCAAAUACAAGCAGCUUUAAUCAUGCAGCUUAUAUAGCAAAUAGUGAUAUAUUAUUAUUAUUAUUAUUAUUACUAAUAAUUUUGAUGAAAUUAUUUUAUUGUGCCAAAAUUAAUA